GCUAACGCAGCUGCCGCUGGAGGUCUGGGCACCCCUGGGCUGGUCUCACUGCCUCUCCGUUCAGUUCUCAGGAAGAAGUCUCCCUCCGUGGGCAGCCUGGACCGAGAAGGGCUGAAGAUCGAGAUUGGGGACCAGGUGCUGGUGGCGGGGCAGAAGCAGGGCAUCAUCCGGUUCUACGGCAAGACGGACUUUGCGCCGGGUUACUGGUUCGGCAUCGAACUCGACAAGCCCACGGGGAAACACGAUGGCUCGGUCUUCGGGGUCCGGUAUUUCAGCUGCUCCCCUAAACACGGAGUCUUUGCCCCACCUUCCAGGGUCCAGAG